CCACGACUUCUGGGUGCACUCAUUAAUAUACAUUACUCUGAACUACGGAGUAUUGUCAACCAAACAGUCGCCCAAGUCUGAGACAGAGUCCACCAUCGCCCAAAUAAUCAGCCAGCGCUAGUCGUUUCCGAUACCGAAAUUGCCGAACUGGAUAGUUCAAGCGCUAACAUAAUACCUAUAGUCUACCCCGCGGGAUCAAGACGGUCUUCUUAUUGUCCGUGCUGUUUCUGCCGUUGUUCUGAUGUGUAGUCUUACGUCAUGACUACUCCCAAGCAACACGUAUUGGACAGUAUUACGAGACCACCUUAGGCUGCCCGCUAAUCUAUGUUACGAAGAUAUGUAGCUUUGCGCAUUGUGUACUUUGUAAGACAUCCAUUUGCAGAAGUCAGCAUUCUUGUAUGCUUCAAGUCUAGACAAUAAUGCCACCGAUCCCAUGGAAAGUGAAGGUCACUGUCCACCCUGGUUCAUCGCAGGACGACAUUGCAAACGAACCAGACUGGCAGAAGGGUCAUCAGCAUCGUAUUGGCUUUCGAAACCGUCAGGACCGACGACCUGGAAUUACGCACGUGUAUGACGGAGCGCAUGACGAAGCUGUUGAGGACGCAGUUAAGGACUAUCAGAACCUUCUUGACCGCGAAAAAAAGGGACACUUGGUGAAUUUUCGAGAUCUCAUUGAGAGCCAAAAAGACCUUCACCUGAAGCUACCUGAGAACCGUUCGCUUGGGUGGCGAUACGUUCUCAACGCUACUGAAGACUGGGUAAAGAAUGAGCAACCCUGGCCUGCUAAUUUAGAAAGAAAGGAAAAGGAAAAGGAAAAGGAAAAGGAAGAAGAUCAAAAGAAGACCGACGAGCAGAAUUCAGAACAGAACCAAACUAGCUCGGAUACUGACGGUGAAGCUGAGGAAAAUUGGAAGCGACAGAACGGUGAGGGUAGUAAACAUCACGAUGCCUACGCCGGAGGACCCGACUCUGGCUAUUGUAGUGAUAAAAGUGAUGACAAAGAGCCAAGUGAGUAUGACAAGCUACGUGAGAAGUACACUGUACAGGAGAUCGCCCUGCUUCGAUGCCUUCAGCAUGAAAAGAACUAUAUUCAAGCCCUUGGCCAGAACAAUGGUAAGCGAAGGAGCCCAGUCAACCAGAAGCAAAGGGACAUCUCCAUAGAUGAAGCUGAUCAAUUUUCACCUGAUAAUUGGAUACCUCGCUCCAAUAAUCUAAUACGUCAAACCGGAAAACAUCCUAUGAACGCAGAACCAAACCUUACACAUCUAUUUGACGCUGGAAUCAUCACACCAAAUGAGCUUCAUUACGUAAGGAAUCAUGGUGCCGUCCCACACAUCCUGUGGGAAUUUCAUGAGCUUGAAGUGGAAAAUGGGAAGCUCAACCUUUCUAUGGAUGACCUCAAGAGGAAAUUCGACACAAUCAACAUACCUGUCAGCCUGGCAUGCGACGGAAAUCGAAGAGGUGAAAUGAACCUGAUAAGACGAUCGAAAGGCUUCGAUUGGGGUGCUGGCGCAGUCAGUUGUGCGUACUGGAAAGGACCACUAGUAAGGGAUGUACUGCUAGCAGCGGGCGUGGAUGAAAAUGCCAUCAAAGAAACCGGUAAGAGAUACUGGGUCAAUUUCGAAGGUGCCGACGAACCAAGCGAGGGAAAGUAUGCAACCUGUAUACCUUUCGACUAUGCAAUGAAUGUGAGUAAUGACGUUAUACUGGCUAUGGAGAUGAACGACGUUCCAUUACCACCAGACCAUGGUUAUCCUGUCCGUCUCAUGAUUCCUGGAUACGUGGGAGGCAGAUGCGUAAAGUGGCUGAAACGGAUCUGGGUCAGUGAAAAGGAGAACGAUUCGCAUUACCAUAUCUGGGACAACAGGGUUCUACCAGCUUUCGUUACCGAAAAAGACGGAGAUUUUGCAACUGCGCUGUUCAACCAUCCCGAUACCGCAUGCAAUGAGCAAAAUUUGAAUUCCGCGAUCGUACGACCUGCUCACGGGGAAGCGAUACCUUUGACGCAUGCUAAGAGGGGCAAGACCUACCGCAUAGAAGGAUACGCAUAUGACGGAGGCGGCCAUGAGGUGCAACGAGUAGAGAUAUCUCUUGAUAAUGGGGACACUUGGUUGUACUGUAUACGCAAGUUUCCUGAUGCUCCCAUUCGGCAUGGCAACAAGUUCUGGUGCUGGCUACAUUGGCACGUUGACAUCGAGAUGACCCAUCUUCUGCAAGCAAGAAGCAUCACUGUUCGUUGCUUCAAUGUGUUUAAAAAUACGCAGCCGGAAAAGCCACAAUGGAACACAAUGGGCAUGAUGAAUAAUGGCUACUACAUUGUCAAGCCUGAAAUUGUCGACCAAAAAGACGGCGACGUCCCUACAAUCCUGUUCCGCCACCCAGUUGAUCCAUCUGGUAAAGGAGGCUGGAUGAAACCAAGUGUCGAGAAUCAAGUCGCAACUGCAAGACAAGAUGCCGGUGCACCGCAAAAUCAGUUUACAAGAGAGGAAAUAGAAAAGCAUGACAAUGAACGGAGUUGUUGGCUUGUAGUGGAUAAUAAAGUAUAUGAUGCCACUAGCGUGCUCUCAUGGCAUCCAGGAGGCAAAGCAGCAAUCCUUGGACAUGCCGGGAAAGUCCAUCAAGACACGACUGAUGAGUUUUCGAGUGUGCACGACGACUACGCUUACCAAAAGCUCAAAGAAUGUAUCCUCGGGACAGUAACGGAUAAAGCCAAAAACUUUAUCAAAGCAGACGCCGAAGCCAGAGCCAAAGAGCUCGCCUCAGCAUCUGAAGGCUCAAAAACCAUCACACUCCAGAAACACCGAUGGGUUUCAGUCAAGCUCGUCAACCGUAAAUCACUCUCCGAAGAUACCCGUACAUACACCUUUCAACUACCAUCAGGCAAACCCGAACUAGGUCUUGGAACAUGCCAACAUGUCCAACUCGGCUUCCAUCUCAAAGACCGCAUGCUAAUCCGUUCAUAUACCCCAACACGCCCAACACUCCCAUCUAUCUCCGAUGCCACUUCACCUUCAACUCACGAACCCUUCGACCCGCACGAUGGCGCCGGCACCUUUGAUCUCGCCAUAAAAACCUACUUCCCCACUUCCCAACAACCCGGCGGUGCCAUGAGCAAUAUCCUGGACUGCUUGCCGCUGGGCUCCGAAAUCGAGAUCCGCGGACCGACUGGCGAAAUCAUAUACAAUGGAUCUUCCAGAUUCACGAUUUCCGCCCAAGAAUACACUUUCACCAAAGUGAACCUAAUUCUCGGCGGCAGCGGUAUAACACCUGGUUAUGCGCUGCUCGCUCGUAUCUUGCAAUCUGCAGAUGACGAGACACAGCUUAGGGUCGUCGAUGCGAAUAAGAGCGAGACGGAUAUACUGCUGCGCGAGGAGAUGGACGCGUUUGUGGAGAAAGGCAAGGGCAGGUUGAAGGUCGUGCAUGUACUGAGUCAUCCGAGCGAGAGCUGGAAUGGGAUCAAGGGACAUGUUGAUGAGAAUGUGAUUCGGGAGAAUCUGUUUGAGCCGAAGGAGGGCACAGUGAGUCUACUGUGUGGGCCACCGGCCAUGAUUCAGAAGGCAGCAUUACCUGCGUUGAGGAAAUGGGGUUUUGUAGAGGAUGAGAAUGUUUUCGGUUUCUAAAGGUGGCGAGUGGGUGGGUAACACAGUUAAGGUCAAAUUAUCCAUCAAGUAUCGUCAAGUCUUCUGUUAUCGCGCGCAGAACCUACUGCCCAGAUUCUAGUUCCAUAUCAUGAUCUUGUAAUCAUUUUUCAGCCGGGCUUGUGGAAGAGUUCGAUAGCACUUGCUACAUACUCAAGUUUCAAAGCAUGAAGCUGUGGCUAGGCACAUCGUCUGUAAUGAAACAGCCCUUCUGUUACACUCUGCUCCUUAGCUCUUGUAGCAAACGAAAGAGGAGAGAUUCAAUUCAGGAGAGACUUCAUACAGCGAAUUGUAUCUCCAUAGCAUAGUCUUCGUAGCCCAAAAGAUUACCCACAAAUUAGAGACAUAUAUCGCAGGAUAUGAUCACGGAUAUCCAUGCAUGGCUGACAUUAUGCAAUAUGUCUGAGUGUAUC